AUGGGCAUCCUCGGCAUCGGGGUGGACAUCGUGCAGCUCUCUCGCAUUGCCUCCGUCGUUGCGAGAAGAGGGCAGCGGCAUCUCGCGUACAAGAUCCUCAGCGCGCGCGAGGCGGAGAAUUUCGAGCAGAUCAUCGAGGCGGCACACCCGGGCCGUGAGGUGCGUGUGCUGGCGUGUAGAUGGGCCGUCAAGGAAGCCGCGUACAAGGCGAUGAACCGCGUCGUCCGACCUACUUGGAAAGAGUUGACGUACGAGAAUACUGGAGGCUGGGGGUCUGAUCCUCCCAGGCUUUUGUACCAUCCAGAGGACCGAGAGCGCACUAAGAAGAUAGGCAAGCUGUUUGUGUCCGUCUCUCAUGACGGGAACUACGUCGUUGCGCAAGUGGUCGCUGAGGAGCCGGAGAAAACUGAAGCAACCUUGAAAUCGCGUCCUCUUAACAAGUCAAAGCGACGGUACUUGGAAAAGCAAGCGUCCCGUACUUUAAGCCCGCCAGCCAAGGAGGAGCAGAGCUCUUCACCGAAGGAUGACUCUCACUCGUUGCAGACGCAAGACUCGCGUCCUUCAGGCAGUCCCUCGGCGGCUAGUACCAUGUCCGCAUUGAUACUCGCGAGACUAGAUGCAGCCAAGCGCGGAUCUGGAUGA